AUGGCACCCAAACAGAUUAAUAAGGAACUUAGUGCCCGUGACCCUCCGGCACAAUGUUCUGCAGGUCCAGCUGAGGGUGAUAUGUUUCAUUGGCAAGCCACAAUUAUGGGACCUAAUGACAGCCCAUAUCAAGGCAGUGUAUUCUCUUUCACAAUUCAUUUUCCUACAGAACACACCUUCAAACCACCUAAGGUUGCAUUUACAGCAAGAAUUUAUCAUCCAAAUAUUAACAGUAAUGGCAGCAUUUGUCUCGAUAUUCGAAUAUCAGAGUGGUCUCCUGCUUUAACCAUUUCUAAAGUUCUUUUAACCAUUUGUUCACUGCUAUGUGAUCUGAAUGCAGAUUACUCCCUAGUACCAGAGAUUGCACAGAUCUGCAAAACAGACAGAGAUAGGUACAACAUAAUAUCUCAGGAAUGGACUCAGAAAUAUGCUAUGUGA